AUGGCGAAGCAUCAUCCAGAUUUAAUUUUUUGUCGAAAACAACCUGGUGUUGCAAUCGGACGAUUAUGCGAAAAAUGCGAUGGGCGUUGUGUAAUUUGUGAUUCGUACGUGAGACCAUGCACUUUAGUACGAAUAUGCGAUGAAUGUAAUUAUGGCUCAUAUCAGGGUCGAUGUGUAAUCUGUGGAGGUUCUGGUGUAAGCGAUGCAUAUUAUUGCAAGGAAUGUACAAUUAUGGAAAAAGAUCGAGAUGGAUGUCCAAAAAUUGUCAAUUUGGGUAGUGCUAAAACUGAUUUGUUUUAUGAGAGAAAAAAAUAUGGUUUCAAGAAAAAUGGAUAG